AUGCGUCGAUCCGCCAUGGCCGAUCUCGCCCUCGCACCCCUCACCAUGCAUCAGUCGACGUUCCGAGCCCGUACGACAGCUGGUAACGAGACUGGGGGGUAGUGGCUAAAGCAUCCAGAAUGCCUGCAUCCAGGGCGUGCUGUACGCAUAUACGGCAGGAAUAAUGAGCAUGUGCGGUUCCAGCACAAACUUAUAAACGCCUGCGUAACGCAGUUUGUUACGAGGUCCGUGCUCACGGCAUACGCAGUGUCGUCACAUACGCACAUCAUCCUAGCGGAGAGACGUGCGUGGAGGUCUGGGGUCGGCCGGACCGCGCCGAGAGCUAUGCUUGUUGCCGGGCUUCUUUAAGAUGCGACUGACUAACAUUUAUGUUAAAGACACUUAGUUAAAGAAUCAAACUCCACGAGCAACGAGCUUUUAUCAAAGCAGAUGAGGCAAAUGUGAAGAACGCAUUGCCAGCAAAGGUGUGCUGUUUGUGCAGCCCGGAUAGCCACUGAAUGCACAGUUGGUGAAUCGAUGCUGCUUGAAGACGCCUGCUUCCCCUAGUACGCGUCUCGUAGGUCCAUAGCCGAGUGCGAAGAAAUCGUUACGAGUCCGUGUAUAGGAAUUAAAAGAAAAUGGCAAAAUUAAACGUAUGUCCUGGCUGACAGCAGUGUGCACGUCCGACGGUCCAUAAUCAUGAUUUCUAGCAGAACCUGAGGAACCGGGUGGUAUUAAUGGUUACGGUGAUGGUAAUGACGAUGAUUUUAGUGAGGGUGGUUGCGAUAGUGGUGGUGUAGAGGGUUCCAUUAUUGAAUGUCCCGGUCGUGGUGGUGGUGGUGGUGAUGAUGAUGAUGGUGGUGGUGGUGGUGGUGGUGGUGGCGGUGGGGAUGAUGGUGGUGGUUGA